GUAUGCACCCCAUAAAUACUGAUACACCGGCAACUUAUAAUCAAUGAGAAACCCAAAAAAAAGUCAAAAAAGGAUUCAAUAUUUAUCUGCAGACAACUCUCUUACUGCUUAGAUUUGAAUUUCUUGAGCUCUUCUCUCAGUUUCGGCUUAAAUUUGGGGCACAGAGGCAAAUACAGUUAAUUCUCAAGUUCCAGACUUUGGAACGGUAGAGCAAUUACUUAGACUUGGCAUAGAGGAUGCCGUUGACCUUAGCAGAGGUAAUGUAAUUUAUCAAAUGAUGUCAAGUAGCCAGGCAGUUGGCACCGAUGUUCAAUUUGGCACUGUGAAUAAGUUACUAUUGCUACAGACAGAACUGCAAUCAAAUUUGGUUUCUUUACCUAGUGGUUAUCCUGAGAAUCGGGGAGAGUCUAAUAUGGAAGAAGUGAGUCCUAGAACUGACACCUCAACAGAUGAUACAGAAGAUAAAACUCAAAGGCUUGGAAGGGGUGAAAUGAUGGCAAUUGCAGCCUCUGAUUCGAGUGACAAAUCAAAAGAAAAAUCAGGGGAUCAGAAGACAUUACGAAGGCUUGCUCAAAAUCGUGAGGCUGCAAGAAAAAGUCGGUUAAGGAAAAAGGCAUAUGUACAACAACUGGAGAGUAGUCGGUUGAAGUUGACUCAACUUGAGCAAGAGUUGCAGCGAGCACGCCAACAGGGAAUAUUUAUUUCAAGUUCAGGAGAUCAAACUCAUUCAAUGAGUGGAAACGGUGCCUUGGCAUUUGAUGUAGAAUAUGCAAGGUGGCUGGAAGAGCAUAAUAGGCAAAUUAAUGAGUUGAGAGCUGCAGUUAAUUCUCAUGCUGGUGACACUGAACUCCGUACUAUUAUUGACAAUGUUACAGUGCAGUUUGAUGACAUAUUCAGGCUCAAAGGCACUGCUGCGAAAGCUGAUGUCUUCCAUUUAUUGUCUGGAAUGUGGACGACACCGGCAGAAAGGUGUUUUAUGUGGAUUGGUGGGUUCCGAUCAUCUGAGCUCCUCAAGCUUCUUGUGAACCAAUUGGAACCUCUAACCGAGCAGCAGUUGGUGGCCAUCUACAGCUUGCAGCAAUCAUCCCAACAGGCUGAAGAUGCCCUUUCGCAAGGAAUGGAUGCAUUGCAGCAAUCUUUAGCCGAGACUUUAGCUAAUGGUUCACCCAACCCAUCAGGAUCAUCUGGGAAUGUGGCAAACUACAUGGGUCAAAUGGCCAUGGCAAUGGGAAAGCUAGGAACUCUUGAAGGGUUCCUACGUCAGGCUGAUAAUCUGCGACAGCAAACACUGCAACAAAUGCAUCGUAUAUUAACAACUCGGCAAUCUGCUCGUGCCCUUCUUGCAAUAAAUGACUAUUUCUGUAGGCUAAGGGCUCUCAGUUCCCUCUGGCUGGCACGGCCACGGGAAUAAACACUGUAAGUUCUCUUCCAAGUUAUGCAGAAGUUUAUGACUCUGUAGCUGAUUAAAUUAUAACAAAUCUCUUUGGAGGGUAGCUGUGCUAUGAAUAUUGGGUGGAUCUCAGCUGUUGUUGAAGUCCAUUGGGAUCAUAUAUUUUACUGAAUUUAUAGGUUACAUCUGUAGUUAUCGCAAGAGAAAUGUUGUUUUAGUAUGUUUUCUUCUUGUAUUGUAAAACAAAUAGCAUUAAUAAAUCUUAUAAAUGUUUAUUGUUGGAAUCUGGAUGAAACAGAACAUAGGUUACAGUGUUCAAUUUGUUUACCAGAUUUCACAUUAAUGGGAAUAGUUAUCCAUUUUGGCUGCCUCCAUUAA